CGGAGAGAGCGACAGGCACGCGCGGUUUCCAUGGAAUUAAGGAAUAUCUCGUUUUUUAUCCCCAACGGUCGUUUCUCGUCGUUCUUUACGCUCGUCUUUUGUCACAUAUUUCCGUUUAUCUAUAUGUUGUGCCCCAAAUCGUUUUUUGUGCCCCUUCCUUCUUUGUCGGACUGUGAUUCAUUGGAUAAGUAGAAAGAGUUGCUGGACAUCCUCUUCGUUGUUUCAGGACUGGACAUCAGACCACAGCGUGUCGGUUUGCACGGAAAUCCGAUAAGUUUAAUUUUGGACAUCGAAGGCAAUUUUGGACCUCGAAGUGUGCACCAGCGGGAAAGUACGGGGCAACUUGUGCACUUUGUCCAAGAGACUAAAUCAUUUUAAACGGGCUUGAUGUUCAUUCUCUCCACGGGAGUAAAAAUAAAACCUCGAGUUUUACAGAGAUGCUAAUGCUGCGGUUUAUGAAGGAGCAUUUUUAAAAACUCACCCGCAGUGGACCAGGCGCACCAGACUGCGUGCACUUAAAAACAGUCAACUUUCUUUACUCCAUAUGCAAUCAUAAUAUUGUUUGAAAUUCAUCCCAAAUCAUAUUCAUAGUUUGACCGUAUGGUUUAGCCUUCACAUCUCAAUCUGACAGUUGCUCGUGCCAUUCAGUUGAGAUACCUCCCCACAUGGAACAAAGAGGGUUGCAUUUUAAUCUGUUUUGUUAAACAAACAUUUGGAGAUCUCUGCUCUGAUUUGCGCGGAUGUUGCGGUCAUGCCAUCUCCUAACGCUUAGAGGAAUCUAGUCAAGUUCAACCCUGUUGUCCCUCCACCACUCUAUUGUCUCUGCAGGUCCCAUUCAUUUGUCUCAUAGGAGUAUCAUGGGAGUCCAGACAAGGGCUGCCUGGUUGGCUAUGGCGUUCUCAGACUGGGUCAGUGGUUUGGGAUUUCUUUUAAUCUUCCUGCUGGAGAGUUUAGCAGUGGAUGCCACCAACAUGGAGCCAGUCUACUGGAAUUCCUUUAACAGAAGGUUCGGAGAUGAGAGGGGUUAUAUACUCUAUCCUCAGAUAGGGAACCGGUUGGACCUGGUAUGUCCGGCGACAAGUCCCCCGGGUCCGAACUCUCCCCCAGAGUAUGAGUAUUAUAAACUGUACCUGGUGUCCUCUCGAGAGCAGGCCGACAGGUGCGAGGUGAUGGGAGCCCCCAACCUGUUGCUCACCUGCGACAAACCCAACAGCGACAUGAGAUUUACCAUCAAGUUCCAAGAGUAUUCGCCCAACCUGUGGGGUCACGAAUUCAAGAAUUUACGAGACUACUACAUCAUAGCUACCUCUGACGGCACCAAAGAGGGCAUUGACAGCAUGAGAGGAGGCGUGUGCGUGACACGAGGAAUGAAGCUGGUUCUCAAAGUGGGACAGACUGCGUAUGGUCUUCCCCCAAAGCCCAAACCUGAUCCAGGCCGACCCAACAACAAAAGCCCAGAUCUGGAAAGUGGCUCUAAAGGGAGUGAUGGAGGUGAGGCUGGUGAGAGAGAAGACAGCGGCGCCGUGUCUGUCUCUAACAUCGCCCUGAUCUCCGGCGGUGCCGUGGGAGCCUUGCUCCUUCUGAUCGCUGUAGUCAUCGGCAUAGUGUGUUACCGCCGUCGGAAAGCCAAGCACUCAGAGACUCACCACCCUGCCCUUUCGCUUUCUUCUCUUACACCAAAGCGGGGAAGCUCCUGCGGGGUGGGUACAGGGUCUGGCGGGGGCAACAAUAAUGGCUCCGAGCCCAGUGACAUCAUCAUCCCCCUGCGGACCUCGGACUCAGCUUACUGCCCACACUACGAGAAAGUCAGCGGCGAUUACGGACACCCCGUCUACAUCGUACAGGAGAUGCCCCCACAGAGUCCGGCCAAUAUCUACUAUAAAGUAUGAGGACAGCCGAACACACAGAUAAACCAUUCUGACUAUAUUGUUUAAGUCCCCACACCUACACACACAUGUGUGCAAAUGUGUUCAAGUGACUCUAUAUGUAAGAGCCUAGAUCUUAUAACACUCCUUUACAAGAUGAACCUGUCGACUGUUUCACUAUCGUGUAGACUGGAAACACGGUACAGAUCUAAGAUAAAUGUUGUUGAAGGGGUGUUUGCAUUUAUUUACAUGUGUGUGACAUCAGAGCCAGGUGAAUCAGAGCUUCACACGUGCUCGGGUGCAAGUUAUUUGGCCUUGUAAUUGGUUGGAACAGAUUCAUGUGCUUAUCCUCAAAACCAAACAGUAGAGAGUGAGACUUUUCAAUGUUUCUUUUGCGAGAGGAAAAAAAUCUGUAUAAAUAAUAUAAGCGCUUCAUACAGAAUUCUGAACACAGCGGGGCGAAUUCACUUAACAGUUGCGCAACUUUUGUUUGAAGUAUAUAUGAGUAUUAUUCACCAACCACACGCAAUCUGGUUUAACCAUGCGCCAAAUGAGCUGAAAUAGCGCUAAACUGUAUUUAAAUUGAGUAAAUAUAGCCAUUUUCAGCAUGAACACACACUUCUUUUUUUAUGUAAAUUAGCGUUUUUAUAGACUCCGCCACAUCAAAAAAUCAUGCAAUGUUGCCUGGCGCAGUUAAUGUUGCGCACUUACGGCCUUUUAAGAAGAGGUGGAGCGAUGCAGUAGUCCCAACGAAACAUGCCAGAUCCGUUACAUCCUCCACAAUCUACAGAAGCACAAUGAGGAAUUGCCCCAUGAAGUUUUAUUCAUUACCUGAUUCAUACUAAAAUACUUUCAGUGAACCGGGUGCGCAGUGCAAAUAAAUAGCGCUAUAAAUAUCAAGCUCGAUUCAUUCUUGGUGAAUUCCCUCCUUGUAUUCCGUUUUCUUUUUCAUCGGAUUGUGGAUGUUUGUCUUUCUGAUUCUUUGAACCCAAAAUUUAUUUAUUGUGCAUCAAAGACACUGUUUUUUAUUCCUUCUACUUCAUUAGCUUUCGCUCAUAACUCCUCAGCACCCAGUGUUUGUUUUUGACGUUUCUUAAACAUCAUUAUGUGAGGAGCAGGAAGCGCAUGUGGAGGAGGUGAAGACUGAUGCUUUAUGGUUUGAGUUGGAGACUCUUCUGAGAUUUCCGAGAGGUCGGAGGUCGAAGUGGGGAGAUCAUAGACAGACUGCACAGCAGCUAUUUGCGCAUGAUGAUUUGAGGGCUUCUCGCUCUCUGCCUGAGCUUUAGGAAGAAUGUGUACACUAUGAUGAACUGCUUGCUUACCGUAGACACAUUGCCCAUCUUGUACACACUUUACACAGAUCCACAUUACAGCAGUUUGUUUUUUCUUGUAUAACCCUAACAGAUGGAGUCCAGCUGUGCGUUUGUGUGCGUUCUGAAGUUUUGUGAUUGUUAAGGCCAAAGACAGUCUGAAUAAUACUGACAGUGCCACUGUGGGUCUCAAUGAACCCCAGUGAAAAACUGCCCAUCAGUGAUACAACUAUCCGUUGCUAGGUUACAGUAUCACCUUGCCUCUCAUUAUCACAUUUUGGGUGAUGUCUCUGAACCAUCUCUGGCAUUAUCUAUCGAUAUAGUUCACCUGUGUUAUUUCACUUGACAAGACAUGAAAUCAUUACCGAUACAUGACAAAACACAGUUUGUAAUGGCCUGAAUGACAGGAGCUUUUCGGAUUAGAUUUCCUUUGUCCAGAUUUAAGGAUUUUGCUUGUCUGUUAUUACCGCAAAUAGAAAUUGUCCUUUUUUUAAGGUACAUUCUUUUCUUUUUCUCUCCUUCCUUUUCACAUAUUGUUAUAUUUAACAGUGUUGAUUUGUUAAUAGAUUCAGUAAAGUCUCCUGUAGUGGCCACUGGCCAGAGACAAAUAACGUUAUUGCAAUGCAAAGUGGAACAACCUCAGUAAAAUGGGGGGCACAAUAUUUCCAAACUCCUGCCCUCUUGUAUGCCUCCAGGCUUUUCUGUGGUCAAGAAGAGAUCAGGCCAAGUCUGUUUUAUUAAGGUAUCAUUUCUUCUUCACAUCCAGCAUUAUUUCAUUGACUCUGCCUAAAUCCUGAGACGUACAGCAUUUCCACAGCUAGGCAGGGCAAGGAAUUUUUCCCUUUGUCCUGUUGAGCUUCGAGCAAAGAGAAGCCAUCUGGCAUGAUUAGUGUUGACCUAAGCCACCAAAAGCAUUUCAAUACCUACGGCUAAAAAUUCCAAUAGCGACCACAUAUGGACCCUAAUGCUGUUUCAGCAUGGCCGGAUUUUUUUAUUUAGUCAUUUAAUUACUGGGUGUUAGUCUUUGGUUAUGUUGAAAAAGAUUUGUCAGCUAAUUUAAUAUCAUGAUUUGAGAUGCCUUGAAACUUAAAUGUGAUAAAGACUGUUGCAUUUCUAAUUAUCUCUCAAAGUAUUUCUACAAACAUUUCAUUGAGAGGAACACAGCAACUGCUGGACCAAACUUUUCAUUAAAAAAUUUCAUUUGGACUGAAUGGGACUCGAAAGAAUACUGACAUUGAGAUGUGAAUAAAAAUAUUGAAGCAAUGUUAAAUAAAUGUUAAAAACUGUUCUGACAAUGUUCAAGACAUUGAUAAAGCAAUGUUUUGGUGCUCCUGUUUCUUUACCAGCCCUCUCUUUUUUCUCUAGUUCUAUCUCUCUUUUCCACCCAGACACUUCAUAAAAUAAAGAUUACAUUCCAUGCAGUAAA